UUAAAGAUGGCGCUCACAGCUCUUGUAUUAGACGUUUAAUUAUCUUUUGUAUACAGAUAUUAGUUUGAUCAAGAUCUGGUGUGCUUAGUUAAUUUACGUACAUAUAGAAAUAAAAAGUUUCUAUCACUUUUUACUCGAAGAGUAAACUCGAAGAGUCAAUGAUGGAUUUUGAAGAUGACUUCUUCUUCGAAGAAGAUAAGAUCUUAUUAUUGGAUGAUUCGUUGAUACCUCAUGGCAAUGCUUCUUCAAAUUUAAAUCCAAGCGGAUUAACCGAGGAUAAAAAUCUUGCUCCUGCAACCACCGUGCCACCAGCUAUUGUUGAAUUGCAUCAACUAGUCAUGAUGGAAGAUCGAAUACCAGACGUAGAAUUGGUCGCACAAGAUCAAUCUAUAUCGCAGUUACCCAACAUUCAACUGGGUAUGACUAUUACUUCUGGAAAUGUAGUAAUACAAAAAGACAGUAACAAUCUCAUUGGUAUCAGCAUUGGUGGUGGAUCUCCUCUUUGUCCUUGUCUAUAUAUCAUACAAAUUUUUGAUAAUACACCUGCCGCAUUGGAUGGCACUCUCCAAUCUGGAGAUGAACUAGUAGCUGUGAAUGGGGUCUCUGUAAGGGGUAAAACAAAAGUAGAAGUUGCCAAAAUGAUACAGUCUUGCGAUUCCCAAGUUAGCAUUAAUUACAAUAAAUUGCAUGCUGAUCCUAAGCAGGGACGUACUCUCGAUAUUGCUCUGAAAAAGGUUAAACAUCGAUUAGUAGAAGGAAUGGGCAGUGCGACGGCAGAUGCACUCGGUUUAUCGCGUGCCAUUCUUUGUAACGAUGCUCUUGUUCAAAGACUAAAUGCUCUGCAACGAACUGAAAAUUUAUAUAGGGGUCUGGUCUCUCAUGCAAAAGCUACAUUGCAUACCUUUUUUGAUCUCACUCAAAUUUAUAAAGUAUUUGGAGAUACGUUCGCUGCAAUAGGCGUUAGAGAACCGCAACCACGUGCCAGCGAAGCAUUUAGACAAUUUGGAGAACAACACAGGCAAAUGGAAAAAUUUGGUGUGACUAUGUUAAAAACCCUGAAACCUAUAUUAAAUGAUUUAGGCACAUAUCUUCAUAAAGCAAUACCAGAUACACGUUUAACAAUAAGUAAAUAUGCAGACGCAAAAUUCGAAUAUCUCUCGUAUUGCUUAAAAGUUAAAGAAUUAGAUGACGAAGAACAAAGUUAUGCGGCAUUGCAAGAACCUCUUUAUCGCGUUGAGACCGGUAAUUAUGAGUAUCGAUUAGUACUACGAUGUCGACAAGAAGCUCGCGCUAAAUUUGCUAAAUUAAGAGCAGAUGUUCUAGUCAAAUUAGAAUUGCUUGACAACAAACACGUUCAAGACGUCGUAUGGCAAUUACAAAAAUUUGCUUCCGGAUUAGCAAAAUACUAUGCUAAUACCGCUGAAUUAUUAUCGGCGGUUACAUUAUUCCCCGUUGAAGUUGACUUGUCUAAUUCAGCGUUUCAAUAUAAAUCGACCGGUCCUCAGUCCAUGCAAGAGGACGAAGAAGAUAUUGAAGAAUUUGAGCCAGAACAAAAACAAGAGGUCAAGGAAGAAGUUCUCAUAGAUACGCAAAAUCCUCCGUUGAUAUGGAUGGAUGAAAAUAAUAUGUAGCGAUAUGUGUUAAAUAAUAAUAAUUGAUCGAAUA